UGCGAUUGUGACUGGUUGCAAAUUUCACAAUAUCAACAAAAACAUUCAACACGUGCGGUUCGUCCCGUCUGUUUUCGCAAAGUUUAUCCGCGUUGUGCAGUAUUAAGUACCCCUCGCGUACCGGCUUUUUUUGUUCCUCAGUUUUCCUUUAUCAAAUAGUUUUUAAAAAUGCCCGUUGUCGAUCCGUCCGAUUUGGUAAAAUUGCAAAAGAACAUCGAACUUGUUCGAAAUAUUUGCAUUUUGGCCCAUGUAGACCAUGGCAAGACAACGCUAGCCGAUUCGUUAGUGGCCAGUAAUGGUAUUAUAUCCCAACGUAUGGCGGGAAAACUGCGCUAUCUGGACAAUCGUCAGGAUGAACAGGAACGUGGCAUUACCAUGAAGAGUAGCAGCAUUUCACUGUACUAUCAAAGCCUGGGAAAUCAAAGGGAUUUCCUAAUAAAUUUAAUUGAUUCUCCGGGCCAUGUAGACUUUUCCAGUGAAGUUUCCACGGCAGUACGUUUAUGCGAUGGUGCAAUUGUGGUCGUCGAUGUUGUGGAAGGUGUUUGUCCGCAGACUCGUGCCUGCCUACAACAGGUGUAUGUCGAACAAUUGAAACCGGUUUUGGUUCUCAAUAAAAUCGAUCGUUUAAUUUUGGAAAAACAAAUGACACCCUUGGAUGCCUACUUCCAUAUCAUGCAAGUGCUGGAACAAGUUAAUGCCGUAUUGGGUAGUAUUUUUGCUUCAGAUGUCUUGGCCAAAGAGGAUAUAAGCCACAAAGACAAUUACGAAUCAGCAUUGGAGGACAGUGAUGACUCAACAUUGUAUUUUAACCCAGCUGCUGGAAAUGUUGUAUUCUGUUCAGCUUAUGAUGGUUGGGCGUUUAGUGUAAGGGAUUUUGCUGUGACCUAUGCAGAACGUUUGGAGAUGUCCACCAACGACUUGGAACAAGUUCUUUGGGGUGAUUAUUACUACAAUGCUAAGAAGAAAUGUGCUGCCCCUGGUGCUCAGGAAAAAGCAAAGAAACCAAUGUUUGUACAGUUUAUUUUGGAAAACAUUUGGAGUUUAUACGAUAUUAUUGCGGUGCGUAAGGAUAAAGAUAAAAUACCAGUAAUUGCCGAAAAACUUGGUAUUAAAUUAUUAGCUCGCGAUUUGCGUGCCGGCGAUCCGAAAGCACAAAUAAAAUCCGUCUUGGGUCAAUGGUUGCCAAUUGAUCGUAGUAUUCUCGAAAUGGUUGUCAAACAUGUACCUCCACCCAAUACAAUCAGUGAUGAACGCGCCCAACGUUUAUUGUAUCCUGAAAAUGCUGAUAUCAACACUUACCCACCCGAAUCAUUGUCACUGAAAGAAGAGUUCAAACGUUGCAAAGCAGAUUCUGAAAAUAUUAUUGUUUUUGUAUCGAAAAUGACACCUGUGCAUGUACAAAGUUUGCCUCAGAAUAAACCAAAACGCCUUACUGAACAAGAGUUGCAAACGCGUCGCGAUGAAGUUCGAAAACGUAUCGAAGAAAGAAAACAACAGCAGGAGGCAGUGGAAAAUAUUACAACUGGUGUCGAGCAAAUGUCUACAGAAGAAAAUAGAAUAGCUCAGGAACAAGCCCUUAAGGCGGAGCAAGAAAAGAAACUGGAGGAGGAGAGGCUUGAAGAGGAAAAAAAUGAAUUUGUAUUUAUAGCAUUUGCACGAAUCUUCAGUGGAACCCUAAGGAAAGGCAUGAAGUUAUACAAUCUGGCUCCGAAACAUGACCCCAGGAAAGAGGAUUCCCUUUCUUUAGAUUCCCCACACAUCAGUGAAGUAACCAUAGGAGAUUUAUAUUUAUUCAUGGGUGGCGAAUUGCAGUCCCUUGAUGAAGUGCCAGCUGGAAACAUUGUUGGCAUUGGUGGUCUGGAAAAGGACAUUGUCAAGUCGGGAACAUUAAGCAACACCAUGUACUGCACAUCAUUUAGUGAAUUGAGCAUAAUGGCUACGCCAAUUUUCCGCGUUGCCAUAGAACCCGUUAAUCCCUCGGAUAUACGAAAACUAUUAAAAGGUCUCAAACUACUUAAUCAGGCAGAUGCAUGUGUUCAAGUUUCCGUGGAACCUACUGGAGAGCAUGUUAUUGCCACCCUGGGAGAAGUACAUGUGGAAAAAUGUGUUCGUGAUCUGGAAGAGAGCUAUGCUAAAAUAAAAGUCAAUGUUUCAAAACCAAUUGUGUCAUUCCGUGAGACCGUAGUUCCUGCCGCCACAGUAGAUAUGGUUAAUGAAGCAAUUGUCAAGACAUCAGAAGACAAAGAUAUAACCAAAAAAAUUGCUUCCAUUCAAACUCUGAAUAAAUUAUCUACAUUGCGCGUAAUUGCUUUGCCUCUACCCCAGAUGGUUGUAAAUAUUUUGGAAAAAUAUCACACUUUCUUCAAAGAGCUAUCAGCAGCAAAAUCAAUGAAUUCAUCAGAAAAACAUAAAAACUUAUUGCAGCAAAUUAAAACGCAACUGAUGGUAGCGUUAAAAGAAUUCGAUACAAACGAUUUGACGAAACUAUCUUGUGACGAGUUAGUGGAACGUAUUUGGUCUUUAGGUCCUCAGCACUGUGGCACUAAUAUUUUGUUAAACUUAACCGAUUAUGAGCAUCCAUCAAUUUGGAAUGCUCCACCAAAAUGUUCGGAUGAGGGCGCAGAUGUUCGUCGCGACUACAACAGUUCGUUUGUCAAUGGUUUUCAAUUGUCCACUUCAGCUGGACCUCUAUGUGAAGAACCAAUGCAAGGUGUAUGUUUCAUGGUUCUUGAGUGGUCUAUAGAUACUAGUGAAGAGUUGAAUUCCAAGGCCUAUGGGCCAUUUUCUGGCCAAGUACUGACAGCAUCGAAGGAAGUAUGCCGUAUGGCAUUCCAGAAUCAACCUCAACGUUUAGUGAGUCCUAUGUAUAGCUGUAAUAUCGUGGUAAAUGCAGAAGUUUUAGGAAAAAUGUAUGCUGUUAUUGGACGACGUCACGGUAAGAUACUGUCUGGUGACCUUACCCAAGGUUCUGGCAACUUUUCCGUAAUGGCCAUACUCCCCGUAAUUGAGUCGUUCAACUUUGCUCAAGAGAUACGCAAACAAACCUCCGGAUUAGCCUGUCCCCAGUUGAUGUUUAGCCAUUGGGAGAUUAUUGACAUCGAUCCAUUCUGGGUUCCCACAACCGAAGAAGAAUUCACACACUAUGGCGAAAAAGCGGAUUCAGCAAAUCGCGCCAAACUCUACAUGGAUAGCGUUAGACGUCGCAAGGGUCUAUAUGUUGAUGAGAAAGUUGUCGAACACGCCGAGAAGCAACGUACCCUGAGCAAGAAAAAAUAAUACAUUUUUCAACGAAGAACAAUGCAUUUCGUUUAGAAGCUUCUUUUUACCAGGCGGAAUGAAAUUGUAAUCAACAAUCCAAUUGGAUGUAGACAUUAAUUGGUAAUCACAAAAUGUUUAUUGGAUAAUCUUUUCGAACGAAAGUGCUGCUUGUUAUUAAUGACAUUUUCAAUAAAGUUUUCGUAAAAAAA